GGCUGUAGCCACGGGCUAGGUCGGCACCGCGGGAAGCUGCCGACGACUGCGCGGGCUGUUGCUGGUCCCUGCGUGAAAGAGGCGCGGGCAGCCCCGGAGUCAUGGAGCCUAGUGACUCGGCGCACCCCGGUCCUGGGAGGGCUGUUUGGACGCUGGCGCCGCGGCUGCUGCUGCUGCCACUGUUGCCAGUGCUGCUGGGUCGGGGGCUGCGGCUCGGGGCCGCGGCCUCCUCCUCUGGGGCGGCGGCUAAGGACAGCAGCGCCAUGGAGGAGCUCGCCACCGAGAAGGAGGCGGAGGAAAGCCACCGGCAGGACAGUGUGAGCCUGCUCACCUUCAUCCUGCUGCUCACCCUCACCAUCCUCACCAUCUGGCUCUUCAAGCACCGCCGGGUGCGCUUCCUGCACGAGACCGGGCUGGCCAUGAUCUAUGGGCUCAUUGUUGGAGUGAUCCUGAGGUAUGGCACCCCUGCUACCAGUGGACAUGACAAGUCACUCAGCUGUACUCAGGAAGAUAGAGCCUUUAGCACCUUAUUAGUGAAUGUCAGUGGCAAGUUCUUUGAAUACACUUUGAAAGGAGAAAUCAGCCCUGGCAAGAUCAAUAAUGUGGAGCAGAAUGACAUGCUGCGGAAGGUAACAUUUGAUCCAGAGGUAUUUUUCAACAUUCUGCUGCCUCCAAUUAUUUUCCAUGCUGGAUACAGUUUAAAAAAGAGACACUUUUUCAGAAAUCUUGGAUCAAUUCUGGCCUACGCCUUCUUUGGGACAGCGGUUUCCUGCUUCAUUAUUGGAAAUCUUAUGUAUGGGGUGGUGAAACUCAUGAAGAUUGUGGGCCAGCUCUCUGAUAAAUUUUACUACACGGAUUGUCUCUUUUUUGGAGCAAUUAUCUCUGCCACUGACCCAGUGACUGUGUUGGCAAUCUUUAAUGAACUGCAUGCAGAUGUGGAUCUUUAUGCUCUUCUGUUUGGAGAGAGUGUCCUGAAUGAUGCUGUUGCCAUUGUACUGUCCUCGUCUAUUGUUGCCUAUCAGCCAGCAGGACUAAAUACCCACGCUUUUGACGCUGCUGCCUUUUUUAAGUCAGUUGGCAUUUUUCUAGGUAUAUUUAGUGGCUCUUUUACGAUGGGAGCUGUAACUGGUGUUGUGACUGCUUUAGUGACCAAGUUUACUAAGCUGCACUGCUUCCCCCUGCUGGAGACAGCGCUCUUUUUCCUGAUGUCCUGGAGCACGUUUCUUUUGGCUGAAGCCUGUGGAUUUACAGGUGUUGUAGCUGUCCUUUUCUGUGGGAUUACACAGGCUCAUUAUACGUACAACAAUCUGUCAGUAGAAUCAAGAAGUCGAAGCAAGCAGCUUUUUGAGGUGUUACACUUUCUGGCGGAGAACUUCAUCUUCUCCUAUAUGGGCCUAGCACUGUUCACCUUCCAGAAGCACGUUUUCAGCCCCAUUUUCAUCAUUGGUGCUUUUGUUGCCAUCUUCCUGGGCAGAGCUGCGCAUAUCUACCCUCUCUCCUUCUUCCUCAACCUGGGCAGAAGGCACAAGAUUGGUUGGAAUUUUCAACACAUGAUGAUGUUUUCAGGCCUGAGGGGAGCAAUGGCAUUUGCACUUGCCAUCCGUGACACAGCAUCCUAUGCCCGUCAGAUGAUGUUCACAACCACGCUGCUCAUUGUCUUCUUCACUGUAUGGGUCAUCGGUGGAGGCACCACGCCAAUGCUGUCAUGGCUCAAUAUAAGAGUUGGUGUGGAAGAGCUCUCCGAAGAGGACCAGAAUGAACAUCGCUGGCAGUACUUCAGAGUUGGUGUUGACCCAGAUCAAGACCCGCCACCUAACAAUGACAGCUUUCAAGUCUUACAAGGGGAUGGCCUGGAUUCUGCUGGAGGAAGCCGGACAAAGCAGGAGAGUGCAUGGAUAUUCAGGCUGUGGUAUGGCUUUGAUCACAAUUACUUGAAGCCCAUUCUCACCCACAGUGGUCCCCCGCUAACUACCACUCUCCCAGCCUGGUGUGGCUUGCUAGCUCGAUGUCUGACCAGUCCCCAGGUGUAUGAUAAUCAAGAGCCGCUGAGAGAAGAUGACUCUGAUUUCAUCCUGACGGAGGGUGACCUCACUUUGACCUACGGAGACAGCACUGUGACGGCAAAUGGCUCCUCGAGCUCCUACACAGCCUCCACAAGUCUCGAGGGCGGUCGGAGAACAAAAAGCAGCUCGGAGGAAGUGUUUGAACGAGACCUGGGAAUGGGAGAUCACAAGGUUUCCAGUCGGGGUACCCGCCUUGUGUUUCCACUACAGGAAAAUGCAUGACUUCACCCUAAAUCCUGAAGGGUCAGGGAGGCUCUCAUGAGGAUGAGGAUGAGGAUGGCCGAAUGCCCCAGUGUGUUUGAGGUGUGACAUUGACUGGGUUAAACUAAUGCUUCUAUUUCAUUGGGCCCUGAAACUAUCAUCACUUAAAACUUAACCCAAAACUCGGAUGCUGGAGCUAAAACGUCUCUAAAUUAAGACAAAUGCAGACCUAUUCCCACUUUUUCACAUAGUAGUAUACUGUUUCAGAGUUCAACAAAGAUUAUAAUAGCAUGCUUUAAUGGUUUCUCACUUCACUUCCUGCAGCAUCUGACAAUGGUGGGGCAGAUGUGGGGCAGAUACGGGGCUGUAGUGCCAGUCUAGCUGGCCUUAAGGAACAUUAAGUUGGGAGGACAAAUUAGACAAAAAGACGGUGAAGAAAGGAAACUGAAAUCAGACUCAGUGGUGCUAGAUGCUGGUGUUACAUCAGACAGUAGAGCCCCUGGCUCUGAGGACUUACACAGCUGCAUCCUCCUGUCAGAGUCCUAGCUGUUCCGUCUGUGUUGCUCCUAGACUGAAGAUUAGGAAGCAUGUCCAUAGGCUGGGGCAUUAGCUCAACGACAGAAUGCUAGAGUGCUUGCCUACAAUGCACAAGACCCUGGGUUCCAUUGCCAGCACGCAAAAAGUGUGUGUGUGGUGGGGAGGUUCCAAGAGCAUUUCAGUAUGGGGAAAAGAAGUCUAGUUCCUUCUCUGGAAAUCUUUAUAAAAGAGUUACUGAAAUGUUUAAAACUAAAGGCAAAUCAUGUUCUGUUCUUUUUUAAUUAAUAUGAAGACACGAGGUGUUGAGAACCUGCUGACAAUAGCACUGCAAUACUCACUUGACUUUGGAGGCUACUGUGUGAGCCUACUGCCUGGAAGGUCACUGCUAGACUGAGGUAUAUCUACCACAUGGUUUGAGAUAACAUGGAUAUUGCUGUUAUCUAGAGAAGAGAAGGCAGGAAGAAACGCAAGAGGCCACAGACUGUGGUUAGAGGAAAGAAAUUUCAUUGUGAAUAAUAACCUGCAAAGAAAAGAUAGAAAUCUUCAUUAUUGUUUUACAUAAAUUUAAUUUUGAAACAUCCAAAAGAGGUAAUUCCAAAAUCACACUCAACAGAAUAUAGAACUUGAUUUGUUAUAAAUUAUGUAAAUGUAUAUGUUCAAGUAAAGGCUGAGUUUCCAAAGCCACCUAUCUUUAGGACAAAAACUUCAAUAUUUUUAAUAAUUCCUUUCCCAUUGGUACUAUUUUCAAUACCUAGAAGAUGAAAAUCAUUCUGAUGCUUUUAUUUUGAUCUGAACUUUUGUUGCUAAAUGUAAAUAUCCAAAGCCCUUUAAAUGAUUUAACAUUUCUGCUCUUCCAGGGAAGACAGGGAACUCUAGAUGAACUAUUAGAUGACUGGCAUUCUGACCUCUGACCACCCCUUUCUUUGUGUAGUCUGAUAACUCCAGGAAUCUUUGUAUGUGAGAGGUGGCAUUGGUGAAGGAGCAUCCCUGUAGCAACCUUCUCGUAGUCUAGGUCUUAUUGCCAUGCUCCAUUCUGAUUUCUGAACUUUUUCUUCCACACAGCCUGAUUUGGUUUACUUUCUUCAGGAAUUAUCUUUGGCAUACUUAGCUACGUUUAGAUAUAGAGGAUUAUGUCUGGCUCAAGUCUGAAGUAGAAGGUGAGGAGGGUGAGACUUUAGGCAGAUCCAUCAGGCAAACUGGAGAACUUCUGGACAGGCUGUAAGGCUUACUUUGCUGUGGCCAAUGACCGUGCCCCAAGAUUGUCCAAAUCAGACAAUCAAAGGUCAAAAGUAGUCCUAUUUUUAAAAUGUUGCUUUAAUCAACUGGCUCUUUCUUCAUGGGAUGCCUUUUCCUCCAAUCCCAGAUGAAAACUGCCUUCUGGAAAGUUUCUUCAUCUAAAAAUUAUUUUCCUGGUGGUGAAGUAGUACCAGCAUCACAUGCUGUAGUGAGUAACUGCUGGAAAUGCUGCUCUUUUCAUCAGUUCUUUACGUUGCUGAAUCUGUAACUCCAGCAUCUUGAGUUUUUGAAAGUUCACAGUCUUAUCAUGAGGUUACAUCUUCAUCAUUCAGAUCUUCUCAGUGUAUCUUGUAUAACUCGGUUAUCAAGUUUUCAAUGUGAUUUCAAUAUUCUCUACUGCUUUCUUGUAUUAUAUUAAGCUGUUCUUGAGGUUUUACAGGGGAGGUCCCACAUGUUGGUCCUGGUCAGGUCUCCAGUGUGAUCUCCUCUGUCUGAUAUCAGAAUCUGGUAACAGUUUCUGUAUCACCUACCAUAUUUUGUGUUUCCUUUGUGUGUGGGGGGAAGAAAUUCAGCAUUUUCCAUUAGAAUUUGUUCCUGAUGAUCAAUUUAUAAUCAUUCAAGCAGUUUCCUUUUUGUUCCUGGAUUCUGUUUUGCCCACUCACUGGGAGCCUAUGUAUGCAGAAUUUAUAAUAGCUGUGGUUGGUUUUCCUAUUCAUAACAAGUUGAUGGUUUCAUGCUCUUGUUCUUUUUGUGUUGUGGUUAUACUGAGUAGCUUAGCCUGCAACAUUAGUUUGAAAAUUCUAUACCUCAUCUUUCUCAUAUUUUAGGAGAUUCUUAUUCUUGCAUAAUAAGCCCCUCUCUCCUGAAGUCUACACUUCUCUCCUGGGAGAUUCUAGUUGCUCCCUGAGUUGCUUAGCAGGCCUACAGAGGCCCAUAGCACUUUCCAGUUUCAGAUUAUGUGUUUUCACAUUUUUCUAAACUGCAAAGUUCUUCCUGUGAAGUACAAGCAGCUUACCCAGAGUUUAAAACAAACUAUACUUAAUUAUCUGUCUUUUUAUUGUUAGAUUUUUCGUAUAAUAAAUGAAACUAAAAGUAGUCAACUCUUAAUCAACAUGUAGAAUAUUUUAGUCAAUAUUCUCUUCUGUGCAUACUUGGUAAGAAAGGCAUUUGCCAUUGAGAAUAUGUUUGAUUGAGAUAUUCUUAUUUCCGAGGUAUAUUGAGAGAUAUUUUUGCCUUCUGCCAUCAGACCUGGAACUAUUCCAUUCAUCCAGUUUCCAGAGUCAGGGUACCCAAGGAGCCCAUUACAGCAAUGAAAGUCUUAGAGCACCUGCUUGUCAUACAGACAUCUCCAUCAAGGCCCCAGAGCUGCAGAGUCAAUACCAUCUUCUUUAGCAGUCCUAUAGGCAGCACAGGCACCAAAGGAAACAGGAAGGAGCUGCCUGCUCUUACUGCACUGUUGACUCCUGCUUACUCAAUGAGGCCAGUUGUGCUCCAUAGAAAGAAGUCUUAAGAUUUAGAACUUCUGACAUUGAACUGAUGCAUGCUGCAAUAUUAGUGGCUACAUGAGGAAUCAGAAGCAAAGCAAUGGAACAUAAUCCAGUAGAAAAUGCUGUCUUCUAUAAGUUUAGGAAUUCAUGUGUCUCUUGAGUACUAUGCAAAGAGAUAUCAUUUUGUUUUUGGUGGAGAGGCUACUGUACCAGCUUAGUAUGAACAUGAUUUGAAAUAUGGCAUUUCAGUUUAAAUUUUUUUUCUGGAUGAGCUAUCCUAAUUUACCUACUCUUAAAGUAGGUAAAAUACUGAAAGAAAUCUUAGAGUUGCCGACUGGGUGGGUCUCAUGGCCAUUUAACACCUGUUGUGUGGGUCCCUACUCAUCAUCUAUAGGUUUUUGUUUUUGUUUGUUUGUUUGUUUGUUUGUUUGUUUUUUGAGACAGGGUUUCUCUGUGGUUUUGGAGCCUGUCCUGGAACUCGCUCUUGUAGACCAGGCUGGUCUUGAACUCACAGAGAUCCGCCUGCCUCUGCCUCCCGAGUGCUGGGAUUAAAGGCGUGCGCCACCACCGCCCGGCAGUAACUCCAUUUUUAAAAGAUGUUUUAUAAUGUGGUGGUUUUUCUCCUCACUCCAUACAAAUUAGUGCCCACAAGCACUAGGCCAACAACCUUAUUAACCUUAUUAACAGCCCAGUCUUAGCAUAAUCCUGCUGUGCUGUGUUCCUCUUAAAGGCUCUUAUAAUCUUCAUUAUUUUGAAAAGUAGCCCUGAUCUUUGUUUGCAAAAUGUGGAGACUAACCCUGACUUCCCAACAGUUCUCAAAGAUGAAGCUACCUGGGUUGGAGAGAUGGCCCAGUGGUUAAAAGCACUGAGCGCUCUUUUAAAGGUCCUGAGUUCAAUUUCCAGCAACCACAUGAUGGCUCACAACCAUCUGCAAUGACAUUUAGUGCCCUCUUCUGGCCUGCAAGCAUACGUGUAGGCAAAGGACUGUAUACAUAAUAAAUAAAUAAAAUCUUAAAAAAAAAAGAUGAAGCUAUCUAUAGAAGUUUUGCAUUGAAGUGUUGUCCGCAGGCUGAAUGGAAAAAAGUAGGGGUGCCACAAAGCACUGAAACUGCCUGCUUCAAAGGCAGCUAUCUGGAAAUGAGACUGGAAUUGCUGAGUAAUGGUCAGGUUUAUCUCAGAAAGUAAUCCAAGUCAUCUUCCAAACCUGUUCAUUCUGAGUUGAGGGAGAUGACAGCUCUGAGGACUGGAAUAUUCUAGAUCAGGCAUUCUGAACUCAGACUGCUGUUGCCUUUGUCUGAUCUUGAAUUUAAAAAAUGCAGGACCAUGGGUUUGGAUUAGCUGUAGAGCACUUCCUAGUAUGCCAAGGCCCUGGGUUCUAUUCCCAGGUACGAAAAUAAAAAGGCCAGUUAAAGGCAUAGUACCCUCAAGAUUUGGAUUCUGCAGCUUCAGGGUGGGGUCUGGCAUGUGUGGUUUGUUUUGAAAGUUCUAGGAUGCCUCCUGUUUAGAAGGUUGAGCCUUUUGCAUGUUUGCAAGGAACCCUUUAAAAGCUUAGUUAAAGGAAUGUUUGUUUAGUAAUUGUUAGUGACAAAACCCGAAACUGAUUGCUAAUACUGACUAGGCCUCUGGAAAACGGUCCUGCUCAUUUUGCAGAAUUCAGGGUUGUCUUCCACAUGAAAACAAAGACUUGAAGGAGAGCUGAGAGUAACUUGAGUAUGUGUGUAGAAGAAUUUCAUACUUGUCAUCUUUAUUAGCACUUGUGAUUGGGCAAGGGAGUUUUUGUCUUUGAUCUGCUGAGUAGUUCAACACAAAAAGAUUCUGGGAAGCUGUCCUUUCAAUUCAGUAUGGAAUCAAUAGUUCCUUUUUAUGGCCAAACUUUGUCUUGUUGGUCCACAUGCCUUAUCCACAGAAUAUGGGUCGGCCCAUUUACUGCCAGCAGCAUGGGCAAAGGUUGUGGUUACUCUUUUGUCACAUGUCAGCAGUGGCACAGCUCUGAUAGAAGAGUUUUCAUAAUGCUCUCGUGGGAACGACCUGGAAAGCCUAAGCUUUCCUAGAGAAUGAAUUUUGGAACUUAAAAAGCGUGUGUGUUUCUUCCUACCAACCCUGUAGAAAGGGCAUACCAACUCUGUCAUCCAGGAUACUUCUUAGAGUGACCAUGAUGCCUUGGAGCCAAACAAAUCAUGUUAUGAUAUCAAACGUCUCAUCAAGCAAACAGCAAGGUGCACUCUUGGUUGGAUCCUCUAGACCUCUAACCUUGUGGUCUAACCUUGUGGUUCCAUAGAAAAAUAAGAUCUCUUUUGAUUAAAAAGGGAAAAAAAGGUUAUCUCAUCUGUAUGGGAGCAGUUUCAUCUAGAGCAAAGACCAGUCCCUACCAAAACAAAGAUCUGCUUCCCAUUGCCCUCCACCAUCUCUCCCUUGCCUUGUCUCCAGUACAAGUGAAUGUAAUCAUGUCAGAUAGUUAAUGUGAACCAUUGGUUCCCUGGUACAGAAACACCACUGAGAUCAGAGGACAAUUGAGCAACUCAUCAGAGGUGCAGAUCAUCCUCUUGUAACCUGCCUUGUUCUCUCUGUGAGUUUGAAGAAAACUCAAAGUAGCCCAGAGAUGACAUCACCAUUCAUCUAAAAGAGAGGGCUGCUGGGGUGGCAGCUUGCUGAGCUGAUCCUUACAGCGGAGAAACUUGGGUGCUUGAGAGCCUCACUCCUGCAUUUUGAUGUUGACUCUUAAGAUAGGGCAGGCCCUCUCCUGUGUGUUGAGUUCGAGCUCCUCGGUUUUUUUAAAGUGACUUUGCUUUGCCAGCAUCAGCUGCUGUGUUGUAAGGCAGUAAGUUAAAUAAAACUCGUGGCCAAGAGUUUACUUUAGAGACAACACAUCUGACAGCUAAAAUGACUUCACCCUCUUUUGAAAACAUAGUUUGACAGUCCAUAGAAAAGUAUCAUAGGAAUGAAUGUGAUUGCAUCAAACAGAAAAACAUUCUCUGACGAUUCUUUCAAAAUAGGACCAAAACACAAACUUUAUCCUCCUUUCAGUUUUCAUACACAUUUGUCAAAUUAGCAGAUAUCUCUUAUUACUAACUGCUGGCAAAUUAUAAAGAGCAAAACUAAAGUUUUUAGUGUUCAUUUUCUAUUCCUAAGCAGGGCAUGCUAUAGCUGUGGCCCAUUUGAAACAUGUGGGCAGCAAGCCUUGGGGAACAUUAAAAAGAGGGUCUAUCUGUUGUGCUGCUUUUUGAGAAGGCCUAAAAUAGGUAUGAGAACACACAUCAUCAUUAAAAGGGCACAAGAGAAUCUCUAAAUGUUCUGGUCUACCUUCAACUCUUGGCCAGUGGGAUAUGUUUCUGACUAUAUAUGCUGUAUAUGCUGAAGAAACUGAGCCGGCAAAAGAAGUGACUAGCGUGAGGCACUGAGGGUUUUCUACUGAAAGCACUUUCAGAAAGUGGCCAUCCUGGCCUUUGUGGAUAGGUCCAUGCCAGAGCAGAUGGGGGCUCCUUAUGAUCAUUCUACUUGGAGGCCGUAGAAGAACAGAGGAUCGAUGCUUUUCCGUUUUGUGGGUAUUCAAUCUGUGGAUAUAUAAGUUAGUGCUGGAAGCGCUUUAUUUAAAAUAUAACUUCACAGUAGGGUCAUUUCCUUCUAGCCUUUCUUUUCUUUUUUCUUUUCUAACCUAAAUCCACCUGAUCCUUCUUUUUUGGCAUGUUUUACUAUGCCCACUAUGAUAAUGAAAUAAGAAGACCACAAAGAUUCAGUUGCUGGAAAGCAAUUUUGAAACAGAGUAGGGGGAAUUCAACUUGCAAUGAUUGGACUUUCUGGUGAACUUUUUCUAGAGGGCUGACAGUGUAUUUGGGAGAAUUUUAUAGAAAAUGACAUUAAAGUGUUUUAACUGUGAACAUUACAGAUUAGGAAUUAUCUGCUACAUUUCUGUGCAAUCAGGAAAACUGCAGUAGGAACCCUAAAGUGUUCUCUCCUCCUCACCUUUUACUUAAUGCUCACCUUUGGAUAGCUGUUUAGAUUGCUAUUUAUUGUAAAUUUAUUGUAAACCUAGCCUCGUGGUUUCCUGUCCUUUACUAAUAUUUAACAUGUUGUUUUUCUCUAAGCUCUUUUUUUUUAAAAAAAAAAUUCAAAAUAAAAGGAUGAACUGGC